AUGGCACCUAAGAGACCUUUUUCAGCUGAUGCAAACGAGACGGAAAUUAUUUUAGAUAAUAAGAAACGAGUCACUGUACGGAGAUUCAAGAAUAUCAACUUGGUUGACAUUCGUGAGUACUGGACUGACGCUAAAGGCAAACGCAAUCCGUCACAGAAGGGGAUUUCGCUAACUGAAGACACUUAUAUUGAAUUGAUCAAAGCUCACAAUAAGAUCCAGAAUGCUUUGGAUAAGUUGAAUAGUGGAGAUAAUGACGCGGGUGCAAGUAACAAAAAGAAACCAAAAAUCGAUAUUGGAAAGGUUAACGAGAAAAAGAGUGAAAAAGAGGAUGGCAAAGAAGCUCAAGCUGGAAGUGAAGCUGCUGCAGAGAAUGCAGGUGAAGAUUAG